AUGGUUUUCUUUCUGAUGCUGGCCCCUAUGGUUACCACUCUCACAGAAGUGUCGCAAGCGAUGUGUGGUGGCAACAUGAACUUCGUCUGGACUGCAGACAAGCGAAACGUGAUUCUGAUGGCGCCGACAAGUGGAACAGUCACGGGAGACAUCUCUGACGGCAUACGGACCCAGGCCUUCGUUGAAGCCGAGAAAACUCUGGAUUCGACCUUUGGCGGAGCGAUCUACAGUGUUUGGCUUCCGGACGU